AUGAGGCUGGCCCACGCUCUGCUUCCCCUGCUGCUGCAGGCCUCCUGGGCCACCGCACAGGACCUCCCAGCUCCCGAGAGGGCCAUCGCCUUCCAAGACUGCCCCGUGGACCUGUUCUUCGUGCUGGACACCUCCGAGAGCGUGGCCUUGCGGUUGAAGCCCUACGGGGCCCUGGUGGACAAGGUCAAGGCCUUCACCAAGCGCUUCAUCGACAACCUGAAGGACAGGUACUACCGCUGCGACCGCAACCUGGUGUGGAACGCGGGCGCGCUGCACUACAGCGACGAGGUGGAGAUCAUCCGCGGGCUCACGCGCAUGCCCAGCGGCCGCGACGCGCUCAAGGACAGCGUGGACAAGGUCAAGUACUUCGGCAAGGGCACCUACACGGACUGCGCCAUCAAGAAGGGGCUGGAGGAGCUGCUGGUGGGGGGCUCCCACCUGAAGGAGAACAAGUACCUGAUUGUGGUGACCGAUGGGCACCCCCUGGAGGGCUACAAGGAGCCGUGCGGGGGCCUGGAGGACGCCGUGAACGAGGCCAAGCACCUGGGCAUCAAAGUCUUCUCCGUGGCCAUCACGCCCGACCACCUGGAGCCGCGGCUGAGCAUCAUCGCCACGGACCACACGUACCGGCGCAACUUCACGGCGGCGGACUGGGGGCAGAGCCGCGACGCCGAGGAGGUCAUCAGCCAGACCAUCGACACCAUCACCGACAUGAUCAAAAAUAAUGUGGAACAAGUGUGCUGCUCCUUCGAGUGCCAGCCCGCCAGAGGACCCCCAGGACCGCGGGGCGACCCAGGGUACGAGGGAGAACGAGGGAAGCCGGGUCUCCCGGGAGAGAAAGGAGAAGCCGGAGACCCCGGAAGGCCGGGCGACCUGGGGCCCGUUGGCUACCAGGGGAUGAAGGGAGAAAAGGGAAGCCGAGGGGAGAAGGGCUCCAGGGGACCCAAAGGUUACAAGGGCGAGAAGGGCAAGCGCGGCAUCGACGGCGUGGACGGCAUGAAGGGGGAGAUGGGGUACCCCGGCCUGCCAGGCUGCAAGGGCUCGCCGGGAUUCGACGGCGUCCAAGGACCCCCGGGGCCCAAGGGCGACGCGGGCGCCUUCGGACUGAAGGGAGAAAAGGGUGAGCCUGGAGCCGAUGGGGAGCCUGGGAGGCCAGGGAGCACAGGGAGCCCUGGAGAUGAGGGAGACCCCGGGCAGCCUGGACCCCCGGGAGAGAAGGGCGAGGCCGGCGACGAGGGCAACGCAGGACCAGACGGCCCCCCCGGAGAGAGGGGCGGCCCCGGGGAGAGAGGACCACGGGGGACCCCAGGCGUGCGCGGCCCCAGAGGAGACCCAGGUGAAGCUGGACCCCCAGGUGACCAGGGGCGAGAAGGCCCUGUCGGUGUCUCCGGAGACCCGGGUGACGCAGGCCCCAUUGGACCUAAAGGGUACCGAGGAGACGAGGGGCCCCCGGGGCUGGAGGGCCCCAGAGGUGCCUCCGGGCCGGCAGGACCCCCUGGAGACCCCGGACUGAUGGGUGAAAGGGGUGAAGAUGGCCCCCCUGGAAAUGGCACUGAAGGCUUCCCCGGCUUCCCUGGCUAUCCGGGCAGCAGGGGCCCUCCCGGGAUAAACGGCACUAAAGGCUACCCCGGCCUCAAGGGGGACGAGGGAGAAGCCGGAGACCCCGGAGAGGACAACAACGACAUUUCACCCCGAGGUCCCAAAGGCGCAAAGGGGUACCGGGGCCCCGAAGGCCCCCCGGGACCCCCAGGACCCACGGGACCACCAGGACCGGAUGAAUGCGAGAUUUUGGACAUCAUCAUGAAAAUGUGCUCUUGCUGUGAGUGCAAGUGCGGCCCCAUCGACAUCCUGUUCGUGCUGGACAGCUCCGAGAGCAUCGGGCUGCAGAACUUCGAGAUCGCCAAGGACUUCAUCAUCAAGGUCAUCGACCGGCUGAGCCGGGACGAGCUGGUCAAGUUCGAGCCCGGACAGUCGCAUGCGGGCGUGGUGCAGUACAGCCACAACCAGAUGCAGGAGCACGUGGACCUGAGGAACCCCAACAUCAGGAACGCCCAGGAGCUCAAGGAAGCCAUCAAGAAGCUGCGGUGGAUGGCGGGCGGCACGUUCACGGGCGAGGCCCUGCAGUACACCCGGGACCGGCUCCUGCCGCCCACUCAGAACAACCGGAUCGCCCUGGUCAUCACAGACGGCCGCUCGGACACCCAGCGGGACACCACGCCCCUCAACGUGCUCUGCGGCCCUGACAUUCAGGUGGUCUCCGUGGGCAUCAAGGACGUGUUCGGCUCCGUCGCGGGCUCUGACCAGCUCAACGUGAUCUCCUGCCAAGGCCUCGUCCCCCAGGGCCGGCAGGGGAUCUCGCUGGUCAAAGAGAACUACGCCGAGCUGCUGGAGGACAACUUCCUGAAGAACAUCACCACGCAGAUCUGCAUAGACAAGAAAUGUCCAGAUUACACCUGCCCGAUCACGUUCUCCUCCCCGGCCGACAUCACCAUCCUGCUGGACGGCUCGGCCAGCGUGGGCAGCCACAACUUCGAGACCACCAAGCGCUUCGCCAAGCGGCUGGCGGAGCGCUUCCUGGCGGCGGGCCAGGCGGCCGCGGCCCCCGACGUGCGGGUGGCCGUGGUGCAGUACAGCGGCACCGGGCAGCAGCAGCCGGAGCGCGCCGCCCUGCAGUUCCUGCAGAACUACACCGUGCUGGCCGGCACCGUGGACGCCAUGGACUUCUUCAACGACGCCACCGACGUCAACGACGCCCUGCGCUACGUGACCCGCUUCUACCGCGAGGCCUCGCCCGGCGCCGCCAAGAAGAGGCUGCUGCUCUUCUCCGACGGCAACUCGCAGGGCGCCACGGCGGCCGCCAUCGAGAAGGCCGUGCAGGAGGCCCAGCGGGCGGGCAUCGAGCUCUUCGUGGUGGUGGUGGGCCAGCAGGUGAACGAGCCGCACGUCCGCGUCCUGGUCACCGGCAAGACGGCCGAGUACGACGUGGCCUUCGGCGAGCGCCACCUGUUCCGCGUGCCCAGCUACCAGGCCCUGCUGCGGGGCGUCUUCUACCAGUCGGUGUCCAGGAAGGUGGCCCAGGGCUAA